UUAUUGUUUCUCCGCUGCGAAUCCCCGAUUUCAAUAGAUUUUGUAGUAUUGUCGUAGAUUCAGUUCGACCUUCGGUAGUUCUGGCAACUGGUGAUCUAACUGAUUCUCGGACAUCAGCUCCCUUUGGUUCUGACCAAUUUGAACAAGAAUGGAAAUGGUAUGUCCAUGCAUUGAACUCUACUCGAGUCACUGAGAAAACAAUCUGGCUUGACAUGAGAGGAAAUCAUGAUGCAUUUAAUGUUUAUUCUUGGAAUUCGACUAAUAAUUAUUAUCGUAAAUAUACUCAUCGAGGAAAUCAGAGUGAAGGACAUUAUAUGUACACUUUGACCAAAGGUGAAGACAAAUACAAUUUCCUUGGAAUCGAUGCUUGUCCUCAACCUGCACCAAAACGACCCUACAAUUUCAUUGGUCAUCUUAAAACAAGUGACCUGGACUCAAUUAAACAACUUUUAACCAAAGCUCCAACCUCUAAUAGCACAAUUUUCUUUGGACAUUAUCACAUAAUAUGAAGACACAUUGACAAG